UUUGACUCAGUCUUGAGCGCUUGAGCGCUCUGGCUCAGCUUGAGAACUCAUUCGACAAAUAACCGUGACACGCUGGUUCGCUGAAACUCGUUCAUCUUACGAUUGAAGGGCACAGGGAUACUAUCCUACUACUUAAUAGUGGACGCAAGUUAGUGUCCGGAAUUUGCACUGAGCCCUUUGGACAACUUCGAGAUUCCGAGAGCUCCUCCAUGAUGAUGGUUUCCACUUCCACAGACAUUAUUCCUAGGGGCAAAACCACCCUCGUUGAGCAGUGUCGCACAGACAUAGACAAAGAUAUCGCUGCACUAGUUGCGUCCUUGAGCAUCCUUCGCUCUCGCAGGAAUACUCUCGCCUCUGUAUUUUCACUUCCGCCCGAGAUUCUUGUGACGAUCUUCACAUACACUGCAGAAGAUGCGAAUUUCAACAUUUAUGCGGACAUAAUACCCCGCAGUACUGGUACUCCUACUUCAAUGAUAGUCACACACGUCUGUAGGCACUGGCGCCAAGUCGCCCUCGAGUGCCCGAGUCUUUGGACAUUUAUCGACCAUCUCCCUGUUCCUUGGAUAGCUAUAAUGCUUGAGAGGUCGAAGGAAGCUGCUUUGGUUGUCAAAUACAGUAUACCGCCCGCACUAGAAUGCUACAUAGUGGGGCCACUGAUGCAACCUCUUUCGCAGUUGCCUCGAAUCGAAGUCCUCAAGUUGCACACAUACUCAAAUGUUGUUCAUCACGUGUUUGACUGCUUGUCAUCGCAGCCCGCGCCGUUGCUUCAGCAAUUCAGAUACGACGUCCUGGGGAGCUAUGAACCGGUCACGACCGUAUCAGAGACCAUUUUUCAAGGACACGCCCCCCUACUUCGGAGUGUUGAGCUGGAUGGAUGUCUCUUCAUCUUGACAUCGCGCACUUUUAGCGGGCUUCAAACUCUAGAUUUGAAGCAAUAUGAUCCUCCUCAUCUUACCCUGUCGCAGAUCCUCUCAGCUCUGAGACGUAUGCCUGACUUGGAGCUGCUCGCACUUAGGCUGUUACGCAGAAUUUCCGUGGACACCGAGCUCUUCGACCAAGUUCCACUCACUCGGUUGAGAAACUUAGCGUUUGAUGGCUGCCAAAUCCAAAACGCUGUAUCUCUCUUCUCACAUCUUGUCCUUCCCGUUGAUGUCAAGAUCGCUCUGUCCCUCACAGAGAUUGAAAGCCCACAAAGCCUUUCUGAUCUAUUUUCUGCCAUCCACAAGGAUGCUGAUGCAUCUUUUCCCAUCAUCCGGUCCCUGUGUGCCAGUUUUUCGCACAAUAUAGUCGGUGUCCAAUUCAGCACGUCAUUGGCGCACAAAUCCGAGUAUUCGUUGAACAUCCGUGACAGUGAUAUACGACUCUCCAUCCAACUCAGAGGCUUCAGCAACCCUGCCAUCAUAUUUGACAUGUGUCGGAUGGUCCCCCAUUGCAAGAUCCAAGGCUUGUCUAUAUCAACCUCCCUUAGGCUUUCGCAAAAUUUCUGGUCUGCAGGGUUCGCCGACCUUCUGGAGCUCGAAAGUAUCUAUUUGAAAGGGACACCCAUUUCAGGCUUCGUCCUUGCGCUCACGACUGUAGACGUGUCUGUAGCCUACCCCUUUCUCCGUACUCUGGAAUUUGAGUCUAUCGACAUCGGAUCCGAUGAACAUAAUGGUCUUCAGGAGAUUGCCAGAAGGCGAGCCAAAGGUGGUGUUGACAUACAAAAACUCAGAUUAACGAGGUGCUGGAAUGUGACGGAAGCAAAUGUGCAGCUCCUUGAGAGUGUGAUUGGAGAUGUUGAUUGGGAUCCUGUGAAGAAGAGGUGUUGAUACGGCGACUGCGUUUGUCCCACAAGCUUGGAUGAAGAUUUGUCUGCCGCCUUAGACAUAUACUAUAGUACUAUCUUUCAUCUCCGUCACGGCUAUCGGUCGACAGCAAGCUGUCCAUUGCAUCAUGUUGCUGUUUGCUCUUUUGAAGGCUCAGCGCAGCGCUCAUCGAUCAUCGAUCCUCGUGUGGGUUUGGCUAUUUGCAACACAUGUUAGUUGAUCAUAUAUCAGUGGAAGCCAGCCAGCCGCCGGUCGGCUCGAGUCUCACGUGCGCUGAUAUUCCUGACCCCAGUGAUGCAUACAUACAUGGGUAUCUGAGGCGCGGUCAGCCGUAGAGAGUUUUUGGCUCUUUGGUACGUGUUAAUAUUAGCAUGUUACAUGUUAUAUCACAUAUUUUGCGUGUGAAACUCAAGGCUGUGCAACUAGUACUU